ACCACCUCCACUUGAAGCGGUCGGAACGUUUCUGCCACACCUCCGCGUUCGGCGGAAGGACUUCGGGGGCGCCCUGAGAGCGGAUUGGGCGGAGAUUCCGGGCAGAGCGGCUUCCGGGCAGAGCGGCGUCGGGCCGGACCGGAUAUUGAAUAAUAUAAUACAUUUAAGAAAAAAUGGAUGAAGAACCUGAAAGAACUAAGCGAUGGGAAGGAGGCUAUGAAAGAACAUGGGAGAUUCUUAAAGAAGAUGAGUCAGGAUCACUGAAAGCUACAAUAGAAGACAUUCUCUUCAAAGCAAAGAGAAAAAGAGUAUUUGAGCACCAUGGACAAGUUCGACUUGGAAUGAUGCGCCAUCUUUAUGUGGUAAUAGAUGGGUCAAGAACAAUGGAAGACCAAGAUUUAAAGCCGAAUAGACUGACAUGUACUUUAAAGAUUGGAAUUAUUGUGACAAAGAGUAAAAGAGCGGAAAAACUGACAGAACUCUCAGGAAACCCUAGAAAACAUAUAACAUCUUUGAAGAAAGCUGUAGAUAUGACCUGCCAUGGAGAGCCAUCUCUUUAUAACUCCUUAAACAUGGCUAUGCAAACUCUAAAACACAUGCCUGGGCAUACAAGUAGAGAAGUCCUAAUCAUCUUUAGCAGCCUCACAACUUGUGAUCCAUCUAAUAUCUAUGAUCUAAUCAAGACCCUAAAGACAGCUAAAAUUAGAGUGUCUGUUAUUGGAUUGUCUGCAGAAGUUCGGGUUUGCACUGUACUUGCUCGUGAAACUGGUGGCACAUACCAUGUUAUUUUAGAUGAAAGCCAUUACAAAGAAUUGCUAACACAUCAUGUUAGUCCUCCUCCUGCUAGCUCAAGUUCUGAGUGCUCACUGAUUCGUAUGGGAUUUCCUCAGCAUACCGUUGCUUCUCUGUCUGAUCAAGAUGCAAAGCCCUCUUUCAGCAUGGCGCAUUUGGAUAGCAAUACUGAGCCAGGACUUACAUUAGGAGGCUAUUUCUGCCCACAGUGUCGGGCAAAGUAUUGUGAGCUUCCUGUUGAAUGUAAAAUCUGUGGUCUUACUUUGGUGUCUGCUCCCCAUUUGGCACGGUCUUACCAUCAUUUAUUUCCUUUGGAUGCUUUUCAAGAAGUUCCCCUAGAAGAAUAUAAUGGCGAAAGAUUUUGUUAUGGAUGCCAGGGGGAAUUGAAAGACCAACAUGUCUAUCAUUGCACUGUGUGCCAAAAUGUUUUCUGUGUGGACUGUGAUGUUUUUGUUCAUGACUCUCUCCACUGUUGUCCUGGCUGUAUUCAUACUAUUCCAACUCCUUCAGGUAUUUGAUUUCAGCAUAUAAUACACAUUAUAUGUGUUAAAAAGAAACUUGCAACUGUAAAUAAAAGAUUCUUUAGAAGAAGCUCCAAUUAAAACAUGAAAAGCAGUUCAAAAGGAAAAUCUGACUUAAACUUUUUUGCUAAGAAAAUGUAAUAUUUUAUUAUAUUUUAAAAUUUGUGUCCUGCUACAGCAAUCCCUAGAAUUCAAUAGUAGUUCUUUUAGUUAAUUUUGUUUUCUAUUGUUUUUGAGUCAUAAUGUUUUCUUUUUUUAAAAAUAAUUAUUUAUUGUUGAAAGUAUUACAUAUGUCACCUUUCCCCCA